AAAUAAUUGGUUGUCAGCAGUCAGGUUGUUUCAGUGUUCUUGACCUCCUAAAAUGGCUGGUGUUCGAGCCCUGGGUGCUCUCUCCAGAAUUACAGCAAGAAGAUACGUCCUCUCAGGUACAAUUGUGUUGAAAUGUGUGAAAUUCAUGCCAAAGUCAAAUGUUUUUCGAUUGUUUAGACACAUUUUGGAAACCGGCGCAUCUCUAGCUAGCAGCUAACUUGGCUAGCUAACGUUAACUGUCAGAAGUCUACCGGUAACUAGUUAACCUAGCUUACUAACUAAUUUACUGUGUUAACAACAAAACGUUACUGGUACACACAUCUGGCUUUAGCUACCUAUUUGUAUUUCAUUAACUAAGAUUAAGAUAACUGCUUACUAACUUGACCCGAGCGAACUUUCACCGAGUGAGCAAACUACUGACGUCACAUGAAUUAAGUUAGUUGGCUAACGUUAGCCUAGCUGGCUAGCUAUGAUCACUCACUCAUCGCCAAAUCAAACUUUUCAUGCAAUUUAAUUGUUUUCUUUAUACAUCUACACUUUACAUUAGAUACUUCCAUUUGUCAUUCAUUGUCUAAUUUGCUCACUCAGUCUAACCGUCUGCCAGACUGAUUUUAGCUGUAUCUAGGUGAAAGUUCAUUGUGUCUGAGGUCAGACAUUAGCCCCCCAUACGUCUUGUCAUAAACACUAGUCCUGAGUUAUCUGUUGCAGCCCCAGGCCUAAAUAUUAAAUCAAGCGUGGCCUAAAUAUUUCACCCCAUACAGAGACACACCCCCCCCCCCCCAAGCCUUUUUUUGUUAGCUAGCUAGUUUCCUUAUCAUAAUCAGUAGCUAAUGUAUGGAAUUUAGCUAACCCUCUAAUAAUUUUGUAUUUUUAGAUAUCUCAUGCCGUACCUUUUCAGUUGCCCCUGCCAUGUCAGGUAAGUUGAACGACUACUUGUUGUGAUUAUAACUUGAUUAUAAAAUAAAAGUAUGUAGUUAAGUUGAUCACAUUUUUUUUCUCAGCCCGAACCCAUGUCAACUAUGAAGUGAAAGAGGAUGUGGCAGUCAUUCGGAUGAAUGACCCAAAUUCUAAGGUAAUUUAUUUAAAGAUACAUUUUCCAUGUAUAGUACCAAUCAAAUUUCAAUCAAUCAAAUGUAUUUAUAAAGCCCUUUUUACAUCAGCAGAUGUCACAAAGUGCUAUACAGAAACCCAGCUUAAAACCCCAAACAGCAAGCGGGGGAGCUGCAUUAGCUGUAGAACAUAAUUGCAUGAAACUGAAAAUCAAAAUCCGUAUUGUAUGUCUAUCCAUGUUUUUGCAGGUCAACACUCUGUCGGUCCAGAUGCAAAAUGAGAUGAUAGAAGUAUUUAAUGAGGUCUUGGCCAACGAUGCAGUCCAGAGUGCUGUCCUCAUCUCCUCCAAGCCUGGCUGCUUCAUUGCAGGAGCUGACAUCAAGUCAGUCACACCUUUCACAUUAUAUGAUAGAAAUAUGAAAAUUUUAGAUUUGGUGGCACCUAGGCUUACAUAUACUGUGUAAUUGAAAUGCUGCACUCAGAUUAGAAAGUAGCCUAGUUCAGGCCUACACGAUACUCAAUGUUGCAUUUCAGUACUAUGUGCAAGGUUCAGGUGUUCUAGGGUUCUAAUUGUUCUGGUCUCUCUCUCUCCCCUGCUUUCUCUCCUCUCCUUUACAGCAUGAUCCAGGCCUGUAAGACCUCAGAGGAGGUCACAAAGCUUUCUCAGGAGGGACAGAAGAUGUUUGAGAGGAUUGAGAAAUCACCCAAGCCUAUUGUUGCGGCCAUCAACGGCUCCUGCUUAGGAGGCGGGUUAGAGGUGAACAAAAUGACUUCCUUUACACUAAUACAUAACAAUUAUAUUAUUGAAAAAAUACUAUUAAUACGACUUGCGACAGCAAACGUCCCAGUUUAAAUCUCUCAUAGUUGACUUUUUAUUAUUAUUUAGUUAAGCAUCAUCCAGACAGUUGUUGUUUUGGUCAAAGUUCCAUUCCUGAGAUUUCUUUGGCUGACUUGGUUGCUUGCGUGUAUCACAACCGGCCGUGAUUGGGAGUCCCAUAGGGCGGCGCACAAUUGGCCCAGCGUCGUCCGGGUUUGGCCGGUGUAGGCCGUCAUUGUAAAUAAGAAUUUGUUCUUAACUGACUUGCCUAGUUAAAUAAAGGUUAAAAUAUCAAAACACUAGGCUAUUUCCACUAUUACGAGCUUAAAUGUGUUACUCAAACUGUUUUUGCUUCCUGUUUUUUCCCUGGUCUUGGAACUCAUUUCUAUGUCACUACUAAAUCUGCGCAUUGCUAGUCUUGUACAGUGCAUUCGGAAAGUAUUCAGACCCCUUGAUUUCCCCCCCCCCCCCCCCCCCCCCCACACACACACAUUUUGUUAUGAUACAGCCUUAUUCUAAAAUGGAUUACAUAAAUUUUUUCCUCAUCAAUCUACACACACCCCAUACUGACAAAGCGAAAACAGGUUUUUUUCCAAAAAUACCUUAUUUACAUAAGUAUGCAGACCCUUUGCUAUGAGAUUCGAAGUUAUGCUCAGGUGCGUCCUGUUUCCAUUGAACAGGACACACCUGUCCAUGAUUUGGAAAGGCACACACCUGUCUAUAUAAGAUCCCACAGUUCACGACGCCAGGACAGCGGAGUCACUCACCACCUUCCGGAGACAUUUGAAACCCCACCUCUUUAAGAAAUACCUGGGAUAGGAUAAAGUAAUCCUUCUACCCCCCCCCCCCCCCCCCCCCCCCCCAAAAAAAAUUAAUAAUUGUAAAGUGGUUAUCCCACUGGCUAUAAGGUGAAUGCACCUAUUUGUAAGUCGCUCUGGAUAAGAGCGUCUGCUAAAUGACAGUGCAGGUCAGAGGAAAACCAAGCUCCAAGACAGGAUUGUGUUGAGGCACAGAUCUGGGGAAGGGUACCAAAACAUUUCUGCAGCAUUGACUGUCCCCAAGAAUAGUGGCCUCUCAUUCUUAAAUGGAAGAAGUUUGGAACCACCAAGACUCUUCCUAGAUCUGGCCGCCCGGCCAAAGUGAGCAAUCAGGGGAGAAGGGCCUCGGUUAGGGAGGUGACCAGAACCUGAUGGUCACUCUGACAGAGCUCCAUAGUUCCUCUGUGGAGAAGGGAGAUCCUUCCAGAAGGACAACCAUCUCUACAGCAGUCCACCAAUCAGGUAGAGUGGCCAGACAGAAGCCACUCCUCAGUUAAAGGCACAUGACAGCCCGUUUGAACUUUGCCAAAAGGCACCUAAAGACUCUCAGACCAUGAGAAACAAGAUUCUCUGGUCUGAUGAAACCAAGAUUGAACUCUUUGGCCUGAAUGCCAAGGGGUCUGAAUACUUUCCGAAUGCACUGUGUGUAGCCACGCGCUCUGUUGGCACAUGCCAUGAGGUCUAAAUAUCCCUUUAAACAUGACCAACUGAACACCGUAUGUAUUAACUUAUCAUUAUCAAAUAUUCUAGUGCGGAAAUAUUUGUGACGUGAAUAGCCAACAUUUCACUCCAAAACGGGAGUAGAUUUUCUCUCACUUCAGCUCAAAAACAGCCGCCAUGUUUUCCAAAUUAUUUUUGAACUGCAGACUGAUCACAUGACUGAUAUCUGCGCUCUAAUUGAAGGAUUCCUAAAAAUUGCCCCCUAGGUGGCACUAGUGGUCCCUGAUUAUUUUUUAAAAAUGCAAAUUUUCAAUGGAAAAAUGUUGCAGCAACCAUUGCUGGCAAUAUUGCCCCAACAGAUUGCCAAUGAGUCAUGGCCUAGCCUGGGGCUAAGAACAAUGCAGUGUGAAAAGGCCUAUUGUAACUUUUGACACAUCAGCUACUUUGACCACCAACAACUUAGACAAAGACUUAGAGGGCAUGACAUCUUGGUCUACUUCUCUGCUAUUCAAAUCUGAAAUCGUGAAAAGAGAUAUUCUACCGCUCAAAUGAUACAGCUGUUUUAGUAACCAACUACAUUUUAUCUAAACUUUUUAAAGGGCUACUUUUAAAGCGAUACUUCAAGAUUUAGGCAAUUUAGCCCUUUACUUCCCCGGAGUCAGAUUAACUUGUGGAUACCAUUUUUAUGUGUCUGCGUCCUGUAUGAAGGAAGUUGGAGGUAGUUUUGCGAGCCAAUGCUAACUAGCAUUAGCAAUGACUGGACGUCUAUGGUAACAUCUAGCAAGCAACUUCCUUCAAACUGCACACACACAAAUGGUAUCCACAAGUUCAUUUAACUCUGGUUAAGUAGAUAAAGGGCUUCAUUGCCAAAAUCCCUAAGUAUCCCUUUAAAUUUUGUGUAAAAAUUUGACCACUUUCCCAACAAUGUAUGACAUCUUAGUCUACUUCUCUGCUUUUCAAAUCUAAAAUCAGAACACUUCUUCCACUACAACAAAAAUACAUUUUAAAGAGCUAAAGCAAGUCUCACAAUUUUACUUCAUGUAAAAUUACCGUCUAGUAUCAUAAGAAAUUACAAAAAUUAUCUCGGUCAACAAGACAAAUUUGACAUGACUUCCUUUCUUCCUAAGUUAUCGAUUUCUAAAUGUUAUAUUUAAUGUGUUGUGUUUUUAGUUUGCCAUUGCCUGCCAGUACAGAGUUGCUACAAAGAGCAAGAAGACAGUCCUGGGAACCCCUGAGGUGAUGCUUGGUCUUCUGCCUGGAGCUGGAGGAACACAGAGACUCCCUCAAAUGGUCAGUAUCUGGGAAAAUACUUUAUAAAUUCAUAAACCCUACCUGAACAGCACAGUAGAACUUUGAUCUGAAAUACACUGAACAAAUAUAUAAACGCAACAUGCAACAAUUUCAAAGAUUUUACGGAGUUAGUUCAUAUAAAGAAAUCAGUCAAUUUAAAUUAAAUUCAUUAGGCCCAAAUCUAUGGAUUUCACAUGACUGGGAAUACAGAUAUGCACCUGUUGGUAACAGAUGCCUUAAAAAAAUUUUUUUUUUAAAUAAAACUUUGGGGCGUGGAUCAGAACCAGUCAGUAUCUGGUGUGACCAUUUGCCUCAUGCAGCGCGACACAUCUCCUUCGCAUAGUUAAUCAGGCUGUUGAUUGUGGCCUGAGGCAUGUUGUCCCACUCCUCUUCAAUUGCUGUGCGAAUUUGCUGGAUAUGGGUGGGAUCUGGAACACAACACGCUGUCGUAACAUGUCGAUCCAGAGCAUCCUGAACAUGCUCAAUUGGUGACAUGUCUGAGUAUGCAGGCCAUGGAAGAACUGGAACAUUUUCUGCUCACAGGAAUUGUGUACAGAUCUUUGUGACAUGGGGCCGUGCAUUAUCAUGCUGAAACAUGAGAUGAUGGUGGCAGAUGAGUGGCAUGACAAUGAGCCUAAGGAUCUCGUCACGGUAUCUCUGUGCAUUCAAAUUGCCAUCGAUAAAAUGGAAUUGUGUUUGUUGUCCGUCGCUUAUGCCUGCCCAUACCAUAACCCCACCGCCACCAUGGGGCACUCUGUUCACAACGUUGACAUCAGCAAACCGCUCGCCCACACGACUCCAUACACGCUAUCUGCCCGGUAGAGUUGAAACCGGGGAUUCAACAGUGAAGAGCACACUUCUCCAGCGUGCCAGUGUACCGCUGAAGAUGAGCAUGUGCCUACUGAAGUCUGUUACGACGCCGAACUGCCGUCAAGGCAAGACCUUGGUGAGGAUGACGAGCACGCAGAUCAGCUUCCCUGAGACUGUUUCUGACAGUUUGUGCAGAAAUUAUUCGGUUGUGCACAAUUUUUAUUUUAUUUCAGCUCAUGAAACAUGGGACGAACACUACAUGUAGCUUUUUCUAAUAUUUUUUUGGUCAGUGUAGUAUUUCAGAGUGAUAUUGGUACAUUGCAACAGCAACUCAUAGUCACUACAGUAUGCACGUAGUGACUGUACUGCAGAAUGCUACAGUAUUCUUUAAAUACAUUGAUCUGAUUUGCAGCACUCUUUGCCUGUUAUAGUAGUUUCAUUUUCUUGAUUUGUUGUUGGCAGAUUAAAAAGAAAUGCAAUAAAAUGGAACGCUGUCAUAGUAGUGUAAACCAUAUGUUGUUUUCAGGUCGGUAUUCCCGGUGCCUUUGACAUGAUGCUGACUGGAAGAAACAUCAAGGCAGACAAAGCCAAGAAAAUGGGUCUGGUGCAUCAGCUAGUGGACCCACUAGGUAUAGUAGUCACUGAACUAAUAUUAGUCAAGAAAAGUUACUGAUAAGUGCAGACCAGUAUUGAUAAAAUGUUUUAAAAUAAAUGGAAAUUGUUUACAUGUUAGGUAGCUUCAGUGAAGGUGUCUAACUGCUGCUUAUUGAUGCCCUUUUUGAUAUUCUAGGACCUGGGUUGAAGAGUCCAGAGGAGAGGACGAUUGAGUACCUGGAGGAGGUUGCCAUACAGUGUGCCAGAGGAAUUGUCAACAAGAAGAUCUUGCUCACCAAGAAAAAAGGCAUGAUGCAGAGUAAGUGUUUGUGUAUUAGAGCCAAAUGCCAUGUAGAUAUACAUAGCUCUUGGUAUAGUGCCAAAAAACACUACUAUAUAUAAUCUACAUAAUACCAAGGCAGGUUUUUAAAUGUACAGUGCAUUCGGAAAGUAUUCAGACCCCUUGACCUUUUCCACAUUUUGUUACGUUACAGCCUUGUUCUAAAAUGGUUAAAUAAAUAACAAUUCUCAUCAAUCUACACACAAUAACAAAGCAAAAACAGGUUGUUAGAAAUGUUUGCAAAUGUAUUAAAAAUAAACAGAUACUUUAUUCACAAGUAUUCAGACCCUUUGCUAUGAGACUUGAAAUUGAGCUCAGGUGCAUCCUGUUUCCAUUGAUCUUCCUUGAGAUGUUUCUACAACUUGAUUGGAGUCCACCUGUGGUAAAUUCAAUUGAUUGGACAUGAUUUGGAAAGGCACACACCGGUCUAUAUAAGUUCCCACAGUUGACAGUGCAUGUCAGAGCAAAAACCAUGCCAUGAGGUCGAAGAAAUUGUCCGUAGUGCUCCGAGACAGGAUUGUGUCAAGGCACAGAUCUGGGGAAGGGUACCAAAACAUUUCUGCAGCAUUGAAUGUCCCCAAGAACACAGUGGCCUCCAUCAUUCUUAAAUGGAAGAAGUUUGGAACCACCAAGACUCUUCCUAGAUCUGGCUGCCCGGCCAAAGUGAGCAAUCAGGGGAGAAGGGCCUCGGUUAGGGAGGUGACCAGAACCUGAUGGUCACUCUUACAGAGCUCCAGAGUUCCUCUGUGGAGAAGGGAGAUCCUUCCAGAAGGACAACCAUCUCUACAGCACUCCACCAAUCAGGCCUUUAUGGUAGAGUGGCCAGACAGAAGCCACUCCUCAGUUAAAGGCACAUGACAGCCCGUUUGAAGUUUGCCAAAAGGCACCUAAAGACUCUCAGACCAUGAGAAACAAGAUUCUCUCUGUCUGAUGAAACCAAGAUUGAACUCUUUGGCCUGAAUGCCAAGCAUCACAUCUGGAGGAAACCUGGCACCAUCCCUACGGUGAAGCAUGGUGGUGGCAGCAUCAUGCUGUGUGGAUGUUUGUCAGCGUCAUGGACUGGGAGGCUAGUCAGCAUCGAGGCAAAGAUGAACGGAGCAAAGUACAGAGUGAUUCUUGAUGAAAACCUGCUCCAGAGCGCUCAGGACCUCAGACUGGGGCAAAGGUUCACCUUCCAGCAGGACAACGACCCUAAGCACAAAGCCAAGACAACGCAGGAGUGGCUUCGGGACAAGUCUCUGAAUGUCCUUGAGUGGCCCAGCCAGAGCCCGGACUUGAACCCGAUCAAACAUCUCUGGAGAGACCUGAAAAUAGCUGUGCAGCGACGCUCCCCAUCCAACCUGACAGAGCUUGAGAGGAUCUUCAGAGAAGAAUGGGAGAAACUCCCCAAAUACAAGUGUGCCAAGCUUGUAGCAUCAUACCCAACAAGAAUCAAGGCUGUAAUCUCUGCUAAAGGUGCUUCAACAAAGUACUGAGUAAAGGGUCUGAAUGCUUAUGUAAAUGUGAGAUUUCUUUUUUAUAUGUAUAUUUUUAAAUGUCUAAACCUGUUUUUGCUUUGUCAUUAUGUGUAGAUUGAGAUUUUUUUAUCCAUUUUAGAAUAAGGCUGUAACGUAACAAAAUGUGGAGAAAGUUUCCAGGGGUCUGAAUACUUCCUGACUGCAUUGUAGGCUUCUCAUGUUUGUUUUUCAACCAUAACCAUAUUUUACAUCACACUAUUAGUCCUUGUUUUUAUGUAUGUACACAACUUACUUGGACACUUUUUCUAACAUUGUUUUUUUCUCUCCUUCCUCUGCAGAAGUCCAAGACUACGUAAUGGGUAUUGAGUUCGUGCGGCAACAGAUCUACAAAAAUGUCACUGGCAAAGUCAUGAAGAUGAGCAAGGGACUGUAUCCUGCCCCCUUGAAAAUCAUUGACGUAGGACUUUGUCAUAUCUACUUAUCCAUUCAUUGAUAAGGAUGAUUUUUAGUGAGAUAAGGAUAUGAAGUGGCAGCAGUUUUUGAAAGUGGAUGUAGAGUUUCAGAUUAAACCAUGUCUCUCUCAUGGUUCUAUUGAAAGACACAUAACUAUUACUCGUUCCCCUCUCUCCCCCCCCCUCAGACUGUAAAGGCUGGCUUGGAACAGGGCCCAGAUUCUGGCUAUUUGGCAGAAGCACAGGUCAGAGAAUAUACAUAGAGUUAAAUUGAUUUAUGAGUACAGUGUAAAUUAUUAUUAUUUUUUAAUAAAAGGAAGAAUAUGCGUAUCAAUAAGUUGAAUGGUUUUGUAUUGAACAUGGCUUUCUCUGAGUCGCUGUUUUAUAAUUAUAAUUUAUUUACAGAACUUUGGCAAACUGGCAAUGACUUCUGAGUCAAAUGCCCUGAUCGGUCUUUACCACGGCCAAGUGGCAUGCAAGAAGAACCGCUUUGGAGUCCCUGAGAGACCGGUCAAGUAAGUGAUGACCUUUGACCCAAAACCAGUUAAAUAGCUAAUUUCACGUUUCAAUCAGUGAAAAAUGCGAACCUUAUUACAAAUAUUGUAAUACUGUUCAGACGAUUCAGAGAUUCUUGGAGAUCAAACCAUUUAUGUUGAUUUCAUAAUUUGAGAAAGGUCAUGACAUUAACCUUUGACAUUGUAACUGGAGAUAUGUACAAACAAAAAUAAUAAGUGGGGGAUCCUUGGUGGACAAUAAUUCCAUUCUAUUGUAUUCUAACAUGUUUCUUCAUUCCGCAUCCACCAGGAACCUGGCCAUCUUGGGAGCAGGUCUGAUGGGUGCAGGCAUUGCCCAGGUGACUGUGGACAAGGGCAUCCAUACUGUCCUGAAGGACACCACCGUGGAAGGGCUGAGCAGGGGUCAGCAGCAGGUCUACAAAGGGUGGGUUUACCAGAGAGCAAUACUGCCCUACAAAGGCAAAGUGCAGUAACUACGAAUAUUGAUCUGUUGUAAUGGCCAGGUAUAUUAUCUGAUCAAUGUGGUAUUUACUUUCCUGAAAUAAGAACAAGCCAGUCAAUCAGAAUAUAUAAUGAAGUACCAGAAAUGGUUGUCGGUCUAGACAGAAAAAGAGGAAUAGCGCACCACUAAUUAGCUAUUGGCUCUAUUUCGGCUACACAGUGACCUAGUCUGGCAUAUGGGGUCACAGGGCGGUUAAACUCCUAGGAAUGCUUUCCUACAGAUACAGAUUAAAAGCUUGCAUUUUAGUCCAGGACUAGGCUUAAUCUGUUUAUAGGGAUCUGGCCCUUCAAGCAUGGCUGGAAUUGUUGAUAAAGAAGAAGCUAAAUGUUGUUGAACCUGCCCUAAUCUCUCUUGAGACUGUUAAUUGGGUUGCUAGUACCGAGGUUAAACCUGCCCUCACUUUCCUCACCAGCCUCAAUGACAAAAUGAAAAAGAAGGCCAUCACGUCAUUUGAGAGGGACUCCACACUGUCCAGCUUAACUGGCCAGUUGGACUACAGCGGUUUUGAGAAGGCUGACAUGGUCAUCGAAGCUGUGUUUGAGGACAUCAACAUCAAACACAGAGUCAUCAAGGAGGUGGAAGCUGUAAGUGGCGCAGAAUUUAAAAAUCAGGAUUGUGCUCAUUAGGGCAUGGAACGGAAAGCUUUUUCUUAUAAAAAAAACUAAAAUAAGCAUUUCUUAUUGGACAAGAUUGUUCUAAAUUAACUUUUGUCUAAUCACAGGUGAUUCCGCCUCACUGUAUAUUCGCCACCAACACGUCUGCUCUCCCCAUCAAAGAUAUUGCUGCUGCUAGCAUGAGGCCAGAAAAGGUAGGUUUAGUAAGAGUUCAAUGGGAUUAACAUUCCUGUUCAAAAAGGCUGUCCCUUAUUGAUCCUUCAAGCCGGAUUCAAGCCACUCACUAGAAUCCCUUUGUCCACAAUAACCUCUCAUACUACAUGGUUUGGGCUGGGUAUUGUCUCUGUAUAAGUAAGCCUUGUCCAAGCAAGAACAUCCCAUAGAGGCUUUCUGUUGUGUGAAGCAGCUUGAUGUACAAGUACACCUCCUGGACAGGACGCUAGUCUGUUGCAGGGCCUUACCCCCAAUCCAGGGAUACUUCGGCAUUUUGUCUACUUCCCCAGAGUCAGGUGAACUUGUGGAUACCAUUUUUAUGUGUCUGCGUGUGCAUUUUGAAGAAAGUUGCUACCUAGCGCAAUUGUUAACUAGCGUUAGCAUAAUGACUGGAAGUCUAUGGCAUCUGCUAACAUGCUAGCAGAUACCUGUAGACUUCGUCAUUGCGUUAACGCUAGUUAGCAUUGGCUUGUUAAACUGCCUCUAGCGUCCUUCAUACUGGACACAGAGACAUAAAACAUUUAUCCACUAGUUAAUCUGACUCUGGGGAAGUAGAUGAAACGCCUCAUUGCCAAAAUCCCUUUAAUACUAGUACUAAGCAGAGAGGAGGCAGGUCCCAUUUUCAGAGUCUUUGGUAUGACUUGGUCAGUGAUUGAACCCCCAGUCUUCCAAUCUCUGGGCGGACACUAACCACAAGGCCACUGCGUUGGUUUUCUGUAUAAAUGGAGACGUUACAGUAAAUGAAGUUGUAUUUUCUAUUCCUGUAGGUGAUUGGGAUGCACUACUUCUCUCCAGUGGACAAGAUGCAGCUGUUGGAGAUAAUCACUACAGAUAAGACCUCUAAAGACACCACUGCCUCUGCUGUUGCUGUAGGCCUGAAGCAGGGGAAAGUCAUCAUCGUUGUCGGGGUGAGUGAGCUUCUGCUCAGUGCCCACUUCCCAUGUUCUCCCUAAGCUUGUUGAUAAACAGAACUACACUAAUACAUUAAUUUUAUAUAGCUAUACUGUAGUGCUUUUCAUGGGCCCAUAAUACUUUGUGUGCUUGUUUGCAGGAUGGACCUGGGUUCUACACCACCAGGUGUCUGGCUCCUAUGUUAGCCGAGGCAGUGAGAGUACUACAGGUUAGUGUUGUCACACACACAGUCUAUUCAUCUACAAUGUUGUAUUGGGAUGGCGUGGGUAUUGUGUCUCCAAAAAAUUAAAUAAUGCACCUGUAUAUCUGUGCUGUGUGUGUGUUCUCAGGAGGGUGUUAGCCCCAAGAAGCUGGAUGCGCUAACCACAGGCUUUGGGUUCCCAGUGGGUGCUGCUACACUGGCUGACGAGGUGGGUAUUGAUGUGGCUGCCCAUGUGGCUGAGGACCUCGGCAAAGCAUUCGGAUCCAGGUUCGGAGGUGGAAACGUUGAGGUGCUGAAGACUAUGGUGGAGAGAGGAUUCAAGGGUAAAUUCUUGUUUGUAGGACUUUGAGACAAAGGCUCUUUCAAAAUUAAAAAACUUCCCUUGAUUCCUUGCAUCCCUUAUUCUUGCUUUCUUUCUCAAAAUGCAUUGGAGGAGAAGGUAAGAGGGGAGGAACUUUGGAUCUUCUCCACCAAUGAGGUUUGAGAAGGAGGCGAGGAUGCGAAGAAUCAAGGAAAAACUGAGGGAAACUAAUUAUAUCAUGGGAAAUGCAUGAUCCCUCAUUGGUUUUUAUCUGAUACCAAUUAGAUGUAUUUUCCAUCAACAGGCCGCAAAUCAGGAAAGGGCUGCUACGUGUAUACGCCAGGACUCAAAAGCAAAGAUGUCAACCCUGAUAUUGACGACCUCCUGGAGAAAUUCAAAUUGACACCAAACCUUUCAGUGUAAGUAGCAACCACGGGGGAAAUGUCACCUCUAAAGUGACUUACAGUACAGUGAAUGCAUACAUGUUUUGUAUGUGAUCCCAGUGGGAAUUAAACCCAUGGCAUUGGCUAGUUCCACCCUCUUACCAACUGAGCCACACAGGAUCCUAUACUCUCCACACCACCACUUAACGGUCUGGAUCUUCUUCCUCCAGGUCUUCAGACUCUGAUGUCCAGUACCGUCUGGUCUCUCGGUUCGUCAACGAGGCAGUGAUGUGUCUGCAGGAGGGGAUCCUGAACGGCCCCGUAGAGGGAGAUAUAGGAGCUGUGUUCGGACUGGGAUUCCCUCCUUGCCUUGGCGGUAGGGAUUCACUCUAUAGCAGGGGUAUUCAAAUUAGUCUGGAGGUCCGGACGGAGUACUGCUGGUUUUCUGAUCUAUAAUUAAUUCUGAUAAUGAAUUGCAUCACCCGGUGUCCCAGGUCUAAGUCAGUCCCUGACUAAAGGACAAGAAUGAGAAUCAGCAGUGGAGCUUAAAUAUUCCUGCUCUAGACGGCUCAUAAUAAUGGCUAGAAUGGAGUAGAAUGGCAUGGCAUCAAGAAUGAAAACCAUGUUUGAUACAAUUCCAUUAACUCCAUUCCGGCAAUUAUUAUGAGCAGUCCUCCCCUCAGCAGCCUCCACUGCACUAGACUAUAUGCCACUUAGUGCAGUGACUGCAUACAUUUUUGCUAUACAUCUAAUCCCUGUGGAAAUUGAACCCAUGACCUUUCACCAUUAUUUUACCAGCUGAGCCAGCCACACAGGAUGAUCACAUGACAUGAGAAUGAACAGCCCUAGUGACGUUGCAUGUGUUGUUGAAUUCUUUUCAGGUUUAACAGCAGACACAGCCUUUUUGUUGUGCUACAAUUAGGACUUUUCUUUUACCUUCUCUUUGAACUUCCCAGUUUAGUCCUUUCUGGUUUGUGGAGCCGGACUUGACUAAAUUUAAUUUAUCAAAUUUCAGUAUUUUAGACUGAGCUAUCAGAUAUGCCAAUAUUAUUAUAUCAUACUAUCAUGUGUCCUUUUGAAAGAUUGAAUCAUACAAACAUUGUUUUAACCUUUCUCUUUAAACCUUCUCUGUUCAGGUCCUUUCCGGUUUGUGGAUACCUUCGGUGCCGACAAGCUAGUGGAGAAGAUGAGGAGGUACGAGGAGGUUUACGGCAACCACUUCACCCCGUGUCAGCUACUGCUGGAUCACGCCAAGGACUCCAGCAAGAGAUUCCACAAGUGACUUUCCCCACCACCAUGUCCUGCUACCACCUAAUAGCAGGCUGCCAUUAGAAUAUGCCUAGGUUGUGUAUUUGUCCGUUAAAUAAAUAAGCACUGAGCUAAAGUUCAAGUUUGGGUUGCAGAAGAGAAAUCAUGAUGAGGGGCAUGUUUUUACAAAUCACAAAAUGUUUCAAGUUCAUAACUUCAGUUUUUUUUUUCAUUUGGUUGGUUUUUGUAUUUUUUAACAUUAUUUGACAGUUCUUUUUUUGAUAAUAUUGUGCUGUAAUAUCCAUCUGAGGCAGGUGUAGACCCAACUGGCAAUCCUAGUCUUCUGAAAAUGUAAAUUAAAACCAUGUUUUCAUCUCAAAUGACACUAUUCGCUAUAUAGUGGACUACUUUUGACCAGAGCCACUGUAUAGGGUGCCAUUUCAGCCUUCAUAAGUGAUGGGUCUUGGCCUGUUCAUAGUCAUGUUUAUUCAUCUGAGGUAAAUGUGUUUAUUUUUAUGAUUUUGGUCUUUAUGCCAUGAUUUGGGACGUGAUGUAUUCAUAUUUAGAGCCAGUAAAUUAAUAAAUAAUGAUAUUGAAGUAAAUUCAAAUGCCUAAGCUUAUGUAGCUAUAAUUUGUUUUCAAUGAAUGUACAUUUUAAUUGUGCUAAUCGGGUAAUGUGUUAUGCCUAUUAGAUUACAUGUAUUAAAUAAUUGUAUUAGGC